ACGUGGAGGUUUUUCAGCCAGUUCCGUGGCUCGACUGGAAACAGCGGCAGCGGCGUUUCUGUCAGUUUUACCGAGCAGUAGCCUAGUCUGGACGGGUUUCUGGUUAAAAUGAAUGAUUUGUAUCUUGGUUGGAUACACAGCUUUAUAGUUUGCUUUUUGUAAUUUAGCAGGAAUGUCUGGAAAAGCUACGUUAUAGCUUAAAUAGCUGGCUGGCUGCUAGUUAAAUUAGCCUGAACUGUCAUUGAGAAGCUAGUUAGGUUAGUGGGGAAGAAUUGAGCUUUUUCACAGCAAAGAAAAUGCAAAUUAGAUCGUUUUCAAACUCAUAAUUAAUGUUAAGAUGUCUUCAGACCUAAAGUUGUCGACUUUAGCGAUCAUAAGCAUAUUAACUGAAGUUGUUAAGUCAAUAGUUUGACUUAGUAGGUAGCUAGUAGGUAUAAAAAUGUCUGUACAUUGACCAAACACAGCUUUACCUACUUUUAACUCCUCUAAAACGGGUUACACGGUUUAGAGUCGUCCGUCCUAGCUAAUCUAAAUAGUUAGCUUUAACACACUAAUAUAUACAGCAAUAUUUUAGCUACAUAUAUAUCUAUAUUAUACAGAAUGUCUCCCAUUCCCACUAUCCCCCUCUUCAUCAACUGUUGCAUGUCUGCUCUGGGCUGCAUUGCAACACUCAAGCUCAUUCCAGCCUUCAAGGAGCACUUCAUAUCUGCCAGACUCUUUGGCCUGGAUCUGAACAAAACCAAAAAAGAACAAGUGCCAGAGUCCCAAGGAGUGAUCAGUGGCACGGUCUUCCUCAUCAUCCUCUUCCUCUUUAUCCCAGUGCCUUUCCUCGGUUGCUUUGUGGGGGAGCAGUGUCGCAGUUUCCCACACAAUGAGUUUGUGCAGCUGAUUGGAGCCUUGCUUGCCAUCUGCUGCAUGAUCUUUCUUGGUUUUGCUGAUGAUGUAUUGAACUUGCGAUGGAGGCACAAGCUGCUGCUGCCCACCAUGGCCUCCCUGCCUCUGCUCAUGGUCUACUUUACCAACUUUGGCAACACCCUCAUAGUGGUGCCCAAACCGUUCCGAGCCCUGCUAGGGAUGCAUCUGGAUCUGGGUAUCCUGUAUUAUGUAUAUAUGGGCAUGCUAGCUGUGUUCUGCACGAAUGCCAUCAACAUCCUUGCUGGCAUCAAUGGCAUUGAGUCGGGACAAGCCCUCUUCAUCUCUGGCUCCAUCAUUAUCUUCAAUAUACUGGAACUCAAUGGAGACUACAGAGAUGACCAUGUUUUCUCUUUGUACUUCAUGAUCCCUUUCUUUUUCACCACGCUGGCCCUCUUCUACCACAACUGGUACCCAUCUUCAGUGUUUGUAGGAGACACAUUCUGUUACUUUGCCGGGAUGACGUUCGCUGUGGUGGGCAUUCUCGGUCAUUUCAGCAAGACCAUGCUGCUCUUCUUCAUCCCACAAGUCGUAAACUUCAUCUACUCUCUGCCACAGCUCUUCCACAUAGUCCCCUGUCCUAGACAUCGCUUGCCCAGAUUGCAGCCAGAUACUGGAAAGCUUGGCAUGAGCUACUCAAAGUUCAAACCAAAGGACCUUGGCAAAUUAGGACAGCUUGUGAUAAAGGUGGCAGAAGCAUUAUGGCUGCUGGAUGUGCGCAGGGGUCAGGAGGGGGAUGAGUUUAUUGAGUGCAAUAACAUGACUCUAAUUAACCUGGUGCUGAAGAUACUGGGACCCACACAUGAGAGAAACCUCACAGCCAUCAUGCUCUUAAUACAGAUUUUGGGGAGUGUGAUUGCUUUCGGAAUCCGGUAUCACCUGGUUCGACUGUUCUAUGAUGUCUAACUCUAAAGCACAGAACACUCGGACGACAGAAGGGCAGGGACUACAACCUCCCGUUAAAUGUGCUUCUAACAACUGAUUAGGGAUGAUUCUGAAAGACUGCAAGUCUGCCUCUCAUGUCCCACUCAUAUAAGGAUAAUGUUUACAGUUCUGUACAGUUGAACUACUGUGUUAACACUUCUGCAAGCCUUUUAGUGUCAUCGGUUCAUCUGAGAUUUACUGUCCUCUUGGGCUUCAGGGCAGCAAUCAAAGUAAAAUAUGUUUAAAAUAAACCAAUUGACCGGUUUUAAUGCAAUACACGAAUACCUGACUAUCAGAACUCUGUAGUGCUGUGGAAGAAGGAAUACUGAAGAAUCAUACUUGAGUAGAAACACUGCUAUUUCAGAGAAAAGCUGCCCGGAAAAUGUAACAGUUUAAACAAGUAAAUAAAAAGGUAGGACCACUGAAUACUUUACCUUUACAGUUUUUAUGCCUGCAGUAAACUUUUAUACUUAGUAAACAACCUGUAGGUGACGUAAAUGUAAAACAUUAUUUCCCAUUUCUAAAUUCUGGUUUAAUGGAAUGUAGUUUGGGAAUCUGGGUAGUUUUCGAGGUUUUAUCUGUGCAGGGACAGAGAUUUUUGAGUCGCCUGGUAGCCUAAAUGCCAAGCAGCACAAAGCUAUAUAGAGAUAUUUUUCUUUUUUUUCUUCAACCAAUGUAAAACUGAGCCUGUGAUGGACACGUAUCAGUUUGACACUGGACCAGAAAUGUAUCAGAAAGUAUUGUCAACUCUCCUAAUAGAGAGCUCAGAAUAAAAUGUAAUGUUUUUAAACUGAA